AGCGUGUGUGUGUUUGUGUGUGCGUGUGUGUGAGAGCGUGUGUGUGUGCGCGUAUUACUAUCAUGAUGCUUUUGCAUAUUUCUUUCUUUUUCUUGCCCGAACGCUCUUAAAUGAAGUCGUGGAGGUAGUGAGGCGAUGUGAGCGGUGACUUCCUUCACAGGAAUAAAAACAAUGACAACCGCGAAGACUCAACUACAACGUAGACUCAAACGAAGUGGAAAAUAACAAGCUUGCUUCAGGCAGCCCGUGAAAACAUGCCACACUGACGCAGUUCCAUCCAUGUCGCCGUGUCGUAUUGCGACGAAAGCUAACUUUUAAGUUGCAGAGUUUGGACCACACUGUUAUAUUCUUCUGUAACGGUUGGGUAAAACGGUAACGGCGACCCCCGUGUGGUACUUUUCUCAUGUGUUUUUGUGGCUUAGGUUAGCCAAACAAGUUCAGACGUAGACACACAGAAGUAAACGGGACAAGUGGAAUAAUAAGCCAUAAGUUGAUUUUUCUUCCCCCCUCACAACCUCAACAUGCUAAAGACUCUGACGAAGAAGCUAAGAAGACAUUCCCUCAAUGAAAUCCAUCCUUUCCAGUUGAAGAUUUCAUACCAUGGCAGUAAAGAAGGACUCGAGAGUGAUGAUUCAGAGGGGGAAAACCAGGAACUUGUACAGAUUGACAAAGAGAGACGUAGAAAUGGUGCUCUUACCCCCUUGGCAACCAGUCAUCAGCACAAUCAAGGCCCCCUUUCUCCAACACGGUUACGGCGCCUUCGCCUUCUUUUAGGUGGAAAUCUGGAUUGUCACUCCUCAGAGGAAGAACUUGAAAGAAUCACUUAUGGUGACAACAGGAAGUGGAUGUCCACCCGCUCCCAGCACACUGGCGAUCACCUCAGCAGCGCAUCCAGUGAUGAAGAGGUGCGGGAUCUUUGUGCCUGCAGGUCACCGACUCACUCUGCUAGACAGCUGGUGGAACCAGGCACUUGCUUGGCUGCAUCACAAAGUUCAGUGCUUGUUAGCUCCAGUCCACCAUGUAGCUUCAAGCAACCACCUCUGCGCUUUCAGCUGCAGGUGGUUCAGCCAGUGGCACAGCCUAUCAUUUUGACCCACUUUGACCAGACGGCUCCUUACAGAAGGUAUCGGCACAAUCAGGGUGGGGAUCCAGGAAGACCCAGUUUGGACCUAGAAAAAAUGCAGCAGAAAAUGCUGCUGAAAAAGAACUGCGGAGGCAAAACACGCUCCAUUAAGAUUCGGAAUUUGACUGGCAGCCGUCCUCCACCCAGAUACUCUUAUGACCCCUCUUUCUAUGCCUUCCGCUCCCUGAGCACAGCAGCCCCCUGCAGCUCCCUGAUCCCCUGUGAGGAUCCACCUCAUAGCUCCUGAGGAAAUUAGCUGAAUACUACAUUAUACUUACUUCAUUUCCGUUUGUUCUCAGCUGUUUGCUUAUUUUCCGAUUUUUGCAGUUUUUGCAGUUAGACAAAGAAUGACUUACAGUAUGGGACUUAGAUUUGGUGGCUAAACUAUUGCCCACUCAGGAAAUGCCACACGGUAAACACCAUCACUUUUAUCAUUUUCCUGUGUGUGUGGAAUCUAAAGGAACACAACAGUUCCACAGGCUCUUCAGAAGUAGUGGUGGAGCCUGUGAUAGCAGAACAGCUGUUGGGAUUCAGUUGUUAUCAGUCUGCAGAAAACUAUUGCAGGGAAGAAAAUCAAAUCUUUCAAAGUUUCUUAUCUGACAUGAUUACUAUGUUAAAGGUUCCUCAGUAACUUUAUGUACUUAGUGAGUCUUCAGUCAUAUAUUAUUAUUGAAACAAAAAAAAACCUAUUGACAUUGGUCACAAAUGGGUCAGAAAUCUGUUUUGGUAACGUGGUAACGAUACUGUUUACGGGUCAGUACAACAGCUUAAAGUUUCUGAGAGUUUCUUAAAAAUGUCGUCACACCUAAGUUCACUACAACAGUUGUAUAAUACAAACAGAGUGAAUGUAAAAUUGCAGCACAUUUCUGUCAACUUUAGUACCAAAUACAACAAUAAAUGCCAUGUGGUCUCAUUUUGAGGGAAUUGUUCCUGUGUCACUCUUUGUUAACACAGGUUGUUUAACACUUUUCCUGAGACUGAGAUUGAAUGAUUGAAUGUCAUGUAUAAAUGCGGAGUGAGUCAACAGGGUGAGAUAGUCUUAAGAACAGCUUUGCCAAUAUCUGAAGAAGGCGUCUGGAAGAAGGGUGUCGAUGUUAUGCUCUCAAACAGACCAAAAGUCCAGGGUCAAUACUUGAAGAGAAACAUAACGAAAAAGAGACUUCUCACAUCAGACGUCUAAUUGUAAAGUAACUUCAUCCAUCACACCAUAUAACAUGGUAGAAAUUGAUUAUCUGUUCAAAGCAUGUAAGGUGAUGUUAAGAGUUAAAUGUGUUGUUGUGGAGAAAGUACUUUUGUAUUUGAAGACUGGUUUCAACUGGCUCUAUUCCAACAGAUAGCACUAAACUGCCACUUGGUUUAGUCAGGAGUCUCUGUGGACCUUGAGGUUUGUUGGAGACGAACGGAGGCUGCUAGAAACAAAACAGAAUAAACCUGUGGAAGAGCAUGUUGUAGGUAGAAGGCUGCAGCUGUAAGGAGAAAGUAGUGAAGGUUGUAAAUUGAAAGGUAAAGUCAAUGGGAUGAUGGUGAGACCUGCUUUGAUGUACAGUUUGAACACAGUGACGCUAUCCAACAGACAGAAGGCUGAGCUGGAGGGGGCAGAGUUGACGAUGCCCAGAUUAUUAUUGGCAAUGACCUGAGAAGGGCACGGAUGACCUCAAACAACCAGGACUAAGACUACGUUCUAUAAAUAAGUUAGUCACAUGUUUUUGAAAAUUUUUAUUUAACAUUUAUAUAAGAAAAUACACUGUUAUCUUUCAGACAACAUGAAGAGCUACGGUCAGGUGUACGGCAGUGACGCAGAUAAAACACUAGAAUUUACAGAGAACAGUUUAUCCUACUGGUGGCAAACACACCAUUGGCUGACUCACUCACAAAGACUAUCAUGUUAAAAAGAGAACUUGGAGAAGGAAGGCCAAUGAGUGUGUGUGUGUGUGUGUGUCGCUGUUAACACAGAGACACUCAUCAUUAUCAGCUUGCAUUUUAUCCAGUAAUCCACCCAACAGUCCAGAUGGUCAGAAAAGCUGCUCUCACUCUUCCUCCCUCUGUGCACA